AUGGAGAAAAUAAUGAAGGUUCUCACACACCUUGAGAGAUUGAAAUUUAAAAUCUGUCUUAUUUUACUUCUUGGACUGGUUUCACUGAACGGCUCCCAAGCAAUUCUCGACCGUACAUUUUUCGCAGCUAACCAUCGGGCUCUCGAGAAUGUCGAUUUCUUAGUGAGGAAGUUCAGCUCAGCUGUUCUCUGUGUGAGUUACUGUCACUCUGAACAUGAAUGUAAAUCAGUGAACUACCGUCUUAAAGAUCAACGAUGUGAGCUGAAUAAUGCCACCAAAGACCAGUAUCCUGAUAACUUUGUCGUCGAGUAUGGCACGAUAUACUAUGACGAUGAUGUGAAAACCCCCAACUCCUCCCUGUUUGGUUGUAACGAGCUCCUUGAGGUGGGUAUUGAGAGCGGUAUAUACACUAUCUUUCCCAGUGGGUUCCCGGAGGGUCUCAGGGUCUACUGUGACAUGACAACCACUGGAGGAGGAUGGAUCGUCAUUCAAAGGCGCCUAGAUGGGAGCGUUGACUUUUACCGGGACUGGGCGGACUACCGGGCAGGAUGUGGCACUUUGACGGGUGAGUUUUGGCUUGGAAACGAUAACCUACGCGCCUUGACCGAGUCGGAAGGGACAGGGCAGUUCAGCGCUGAACUUGGAGGCUGGGACGGCACAAAACUUUGGGCAGAGUAUGGUGUUUUUCGAGUUUACGGAGAGAACUUUACGCUCUUUCACGACGCAUAUACCGGUCUUAGGUCAGUGAACACCAACAUGUCUCUACCUAUUUUUUCUUACAACAAUAUGAUGUUAUUCAGCACAAGAGACAUGGACAAUGACAUCAAACGCAUGGAACACUGUGCCCAAACAUGCAGAGGAGGCUGGUGGUAUGACAGGUGCUAUAGAGCAAAUUUAAAUGGUGUGUAUUAUGAUAACGGAAAAGAAGCUGCAGAUGGGAUAGUAUUGAAGCGAUGGACGGAUGGUGAUCACACAAUGAAACAUGUAGCAUGA